AUGGACAAAUAUGCCUUGCUGCAGAGGGCUAAACUGCGUCUGGAUUUUAUCCACGCAAACUCUACAACUCACAGUUUCCUCUUUGGAGCUCUGGCCGAAUUGCUGGACAACGCAAGAGAUGCCGGGGCUGUAAGACUUGACGUGUUUUCAGUGGAUAAUGAAACACUACAGGGAGGAUUCAUGUUGUGUUUGCUGGAUGAUGGAUGUGGCAUGAGCCCUGAUGAAGCUUCAGACAUCAUUUACUUCGGAACAUCCAAGAAACGCUUGUCAACCUUGAAGUUCAUCGGGCAAUAUGGCAAUGGGCUUAAGAGCGGGUCCAUGAGAAUUGGCAAAGACUUUAUUCUUUUCACAAAGAAGGAAGAGACCAUGACCUGUCUGUUCUUUUCUCAGACUUUCUGUGAAAAAGAAGGUCUCACGGAGGUUGUAGUUCCAAUACCUUCGUGGCUAACGAGAACAAGAGAGAGCGUCACAGAUGACCCCCAGAAGUUCUUCACAGAAGUGUCCAUCAUUUAUAAAUACUCCCCAUUCAAAACCGAAGCUGAAUUGAUGCAGCAGUUUGAUAUGAUCUACGGGAGAUGUGGAACUUUGCUGGUUAUUUAUAACUUGAAGCUACUGCUUAGUGGCAAGCCAGAGUUGGAUGUUAAAACUGACAAAGAAGAUAUACUGAUGGCCGAGGCUCUGGAGGAAUUUCCAGAGAGACGGUCAUUCAGAGCCUACACAGCUGUUCUAUAUUUUGACCCUCGGAUGAGAAUAUUUAUUCAAGCCAAAAGAGUUCAAACAAAGCACCUAUGCUAUUCCCUCUACAAACCCAGGAAGUACCAAUAUACUACAUAUUCUUUCAAAGGGAAGUUGAAAACUGAAGUUAAAAAGGCCGAAGAGGCAGUGAAGAUGGCUGAACUUGUGUUUAAGGAAGUGCAAGUCAAGGUGAAAGAACCUGACAGAACUUCUUUGUCUUCUGCAAAGGAUGUAUUACAGAAAGCUCUGGAAGACCUGGAGACAAAGCAUAAGAACCUUCGCCAGAAACAGCGGGCACUAAGGAAGGCAAAAACACUCUUCCUUAUCUUCGGAGUGCACGUAGAAGACCAAAGCCAAGCUGGAGUGUUCAUUUAUAGUAAUAACCGGUUGAUCAAAAUGUAUGAGAAGGUUGGACCCCAGCUGAAAAUGAAGUCCUUACUUGGUGCAGGUGUGAUUGGAAUUGUGAACGUACCCUUGGAGAUCAUGGAACCAUCCCAUAAUAAGCAAGAAUUCCUCAAUGUCCAAGAAUACAAUCAUCUACUAAAAGUCAUGGGACAGUACUUGGUCCAGUACUGUAAGGACACCGGGAUCAGUAAUAGAAAUCUAGCUCUUUUUUGGGAUGAAUUCAAAUACCAGUAUAGCAAAGACCCAGACAGAUCUUUAGAGUCUCUCCAAUGCCAAAGAAGACAAACCAUGGCUAUCCCAUUCAUCCUACAAUGCGAUCUUUGCCUUAAAUGGAGAGUCCUGCCUUCCUCUUCUAAUUACCAGGAAAAAGAAUUUCUGGACAUAUGGAUUUGUGCUAAUAAUCCCAACAACCUGGAAAACAGCUGCAGUCAGGCAGAGCACCUGCCUUCUAUCCCACUGGGCACCAUGAACAGAAGACCGCCAUCAAAAGAUGAGAAAGAGAAGCAACUUCAAGAGUCAGUGCAAAGAUAUCGGGACAGACUGGUGGCAGCACAGCCACAGAAAUCUCAACUUAUAGCAGUGAGUAGAAACCCUGAGUUCAAGUCCUCCUGCCUUUCAUCAGCACCCAAGGAAAAACCCAAACUCGGGAGAAUGAGGCCUAUAGUGGGUGACCCAACUCAGGGCACCCCUUCAUCUGUUGAGCUUUCGUUCAGCCAAAGAGGCCAAAAGAGAAGCACAGAGGAUGCUGACUCUGAUGUGGAGUUUGUCUGCAUGACGAAGACUCUGAAGAGGCCUAUAAGGAAGACAGCGGGACAGCAGCAGCCGAGCCAUGCACCAGCUCCGUUGGAAAACCUCAAGCUCGUGGAGGCAACACAGGUUUCUUCAUGGGAAAUAAAAAGGAGGCAGAAUGAAAAUCUUGUACAGGAAUGCAAGGUGUCCACUGAAGUUGAAACUGGCAGCAGAGAUCCAGCUGUAAUCCCGGUUGGGGAUAAAAGCAGCACCAAGGUCUUACCGAAACAAGAACGAGCUGAUGUGCCCCUCCCAAAGACAGACAAACAAGAGCUGUGGGAUGAUACUGCAGUAAUGAAAAGAAAGUCUUCAGCACUUAACUGGAAAAGCUUGCCUGAGGUGCAAAUGAAAGACUUAAAGCCACAUUCUGGACACAAAGUCAGCUCCGUGGAUAGCAGCUGCCAGCUGUCUUCUUCGCUGAUGCCUUCUCGAAGCUCACCUAUCCAGGAAACAGCAAGAAAACUGAUGUCUAAUUUAAGGGAGAUCCUUCUGUAUUUUGUUCCGGAGUUUCAAAUAUCAUCAGAAUUUGAGUGCACAUCUAUGGAAGAAUUCCUAAGUGCUGAGGUGGAGCGAUGCCCAGAGAGCAUAAACCAAAAGCUAAAAACAUGUUUCAAACAGAUCCAGAAUACCUACAUGAUUCAAUAUGAGAAAAGACUCAAGAGAAAAAUGCAGUCCAUUAUUUAUGAGACGAACAGAAGAAGGGUACUUAAUGAAGUUUUUCUGGGACAAUGUGAACUGAAGAGGAAGAGGACUGAGGAGAAACUCAGUGCCCUUCGUGCCAAGCUGGCAUUGCUGCUGCAGACACUUCAGUUGGGUGCUCCAGUGGGAGACCUCGAGCAGAUCGACACUCACCUAGAAGAUUUGCUUAAAGAAGAUCAUCUCCCGACCAGCGUAAAUCGAAGGACCCUAGAGUCAGGGAAAAUGAAAGAUACAGAACAGUGAAAGAAUGCCUCAAAAGUCAGAAAAGGUUUUUCUUCUUAAAAGUGCUAAUAAAAGAAAUUGGAGUCGGGCAUGCUGGCACAUGCCUUUAA